AUGUGGAUGAGACAAUUGAUGUUUGGGAAGUUCCAAAGCCCCAUAAGGUUAGGAAUCCGUGCGCAGUUGACAGCUCUCGUCAGUAUUGUUGCACUUGUAUCGCUAAUUAUUUUAGCAGUUUCUACAGGUGUUUAUUUCACAGAUAACUAUAAGAAUCUGCGAUCUGAACGUCUUUACAUGGCGGCCCAGUUAAAAUCGACUCAGAUUGAUCAAAAUUUAAACUAUAUGUACUAUCAAUGUUACUGGUUAUCAUCAAGAGACACUUUACAAGAAGCUUUAGCUAACUAUGUGGCCGGGAAUAAGACUUAUGCAAACUGGGUAGAUUCUGGUAAUGUCAUCCAAAAAUUUUUAACCUCAUCAGGAUUAUUCUCUGUAGCAACGAUUUACGAUGCAACUUUUACACCAGUUCUUUCAGCUACUAAUAACGGAACUGGUAACCAUAUACCAGAAAGUACUUUGGAUCGACUUAUGCCCCUGUCGGGCAAUAAGCCACUCCCGUCAUCUUUGCAAUCGGAAGGGAUUUUAACUAAUCCAGUUUUGAACGGAACUUCAUAUUUAAUGUCGAUGUCUUUGCCAAUAUUUGCCAAUCCUUCCAUUAUUUUGACAACUUCUCACGUUUACGGUUAUAUUACGAUAGUCAUGUCCGCUGAUAGUUUGAAAAACGUCUUUGACGACACUACGGCUUUAGAGAAAUCGAACGUUGCUAUUCUAUCCGCCGUAUAUGAUCAGAAUGAGACCUUGUCGUCGUACAAUUUUGUAUUUGCACCACUCGGCGUACCAUCAAGCAUUUUAGCAGAGACUAUUCCCAUUAAAAAUGGUACCUUCUUAAGCAGCGCUCUACGGCAAGGUAAAGGCGGCGCUCUUGAACGGACAAAAUUUCUAUACACUAAGAAGGUUGCUGUGGGCUAUUCACCAUGCUCAGUAGUGUUUGUUAAUUGGAUUGCCGUCGUUUUACAAUCGGAAGCUGUAUUCAUGGAACCGGCUACGAAAUUAACCAAAAUUAUUAGUGGGACUGUGGUAGGAAUUGGUGUAUUCGUUUGUCUAGUUACUUUCCCCCUAGCACACUGGGCGGUAAAGCCAAUCGUUCGAUUGCAAAAGGCUACUGAAUUAAUUACAGAGGGAAGAGGUCUGAGAGCAAGUAGUCCUGGGGCCGGUAGCUCUAAUGUUAGCCGAAGAAGUUCUUUCUUCCAUAGACCGAGCAACUGCGGUAGUUCAAUUCGUUCUCGUGUGACGGAUAAUCAUAACGAGAAGGGUCAUGAUUUACAUGGUGAACAAAUUCAACACGGAUUUUUCGCUAUGAACGGUUCUAUUAAUCAUUCUCUCGCUGCUUCGAUUGCUAGUAGUGGUAAUGAAGCACUUUCAGAUAAAUCAAAAGGACUAACAACGUCGGCUAAUUUGAUAGAGGCUAGAGUCCCCGUUUAUAGAAGAUUUUUUUCGGAUGAAUUGUCAGAAUUAACAGACACAUUUAAUACUAUGACCGAUGCAUUGGAUCAACACUAUGCAUUGUUGGAAGAUAGAGUCAGAGCUAGAACAAGGCAAUUAGAAGCUGCAAAAAUUGAUGCAGAAGCCGCUAAUGAAGCCAAGACAGUUUUCAUUGCCAAUAUUUCGCACGAAUUAAGGACACCAUUGAAUGGUAUUCUUGGUAUGACAGCCAUUUCCAUGGAGGAAAGGGACAUUGAUAAAAUCCAAAACAGUUUAAAACUAAUCUUCAGGUCUGGUGAAUUGUUAUUGCAUAUUUUGACUGAAUUGUUAACUUUUUCUAAAAACGUUUUGAAGAGAACCAAAUUGGAAAAAAGGAAUUUUAGUGUUACAGAUGUUGCGCUACAAAUAAAGUCAAUCUUUGGCAAAGUAGCGAAGGAUCAACGGGUCAGAUUAUCCAUCACACUUUAUCCUAAUUUAAUUAGAACAAUGGUGCUCUUCGGUGAUUCAAAUAGAAUCAUACAGAUCGUGAUGAAUUUAGUUUCUAACGCUUUAAAGUUUACACCUGUGGAUGGUAAGGUAAACGUUUAUAUGAGCUUGCUUGGUGAAUAUGAUGCUGAAAGAAGUGAAAACGAAAAUCACAAAAAGGUUUAUGUGAUACCAGGAACUGAACCUAAAGGUAAUGAUGAGAAGGAUAAAGGAGGAAUAGAGGAAAAGGAACGAUUCUCAAUAGAAAAUACACCUAACGAUACUUCCUCCAAUUCAAGCAAUAAACACUCAGAUACGGAAACCACCCCGGGUUUGAAUGAUACCGAUGAAAAACAAGCAUCUGAUGAUAUGGACGGUGGAGAAGAGGAUGUAGAGGAUGCAGACGAAGUUUCUUCAUUUUCUACCAGCACGAGUUCCUAUAAUGAUACCGUUUUCCACAGUCAGUUCAAGAAGACUCCAAAAGUUUGUGAUGAUUCUAGUGAAGAGUUAGGUGUAGAAGUCAAAGACAAAAAGAAAUGGGUUAUUUCUAUUGUUGUGGAAGAUACAGGUCCAGGUAUAGACUCCUCUUUACACGAAUCAGUGUUUGAACCAUUUGUUCAAGGAGACCAAGCACUUUCAAGACAAUACGGAGGUACCGGGUUAGGUUUAUCUAUAUGCCGUCAAUUAGCCACUAUGAUGAAUGGUACAAUGGAUUUGAAAUCAAAACUAGGGGUUGGUAGUAGAUUCACAUUUACCGUCCCAUUGACACAGACAAGGGAAAUCAAUUUUGAUGACAUUCCUGCUGCAUUUGAAGAUGAAUUUAAUCCAGAUAGUAAAAAGAACAGAAAAGUUAAAUUCAAAAUCGCUAAAUCUUUAAAGAGCAAAAGGUCGAAGUCAUCUCUCAUGACAGUAGGCCCCAAAUCUUCUUCAUCAGAUAAGAGUUUGAGUCAAUUGAAAUUAACUGACAGUGAUCGGAGCGUUCGUUUGGAUAGACCUUUUCUACAGAGUACUGGUACUGCGUCUUCUAACACCAAUUUGGGCACAACAUCUACUAUUAAUAAAAUUUUGGUUGCUGAAGACAACGAUGUUAAUCAAGAGGUCAUUAAACGUAUGCUUAAUUUGGAAGGUGUUCAUAAUAUCGAAUUGGUAUGUGAUGGCCAAGAAGCUCUGGAUAAAGUUAAACAAUUGGUCGAAAAUGGUGAACAUUACAAUUUAAUCUUCAUGGAUGUUCAAAUGCCAAAAAUGGAUGGUCUUCUAUCUACAAAGAUGAUACGUCGUGAUUUGAACUACACACAUCCAAUAGUUGCACUGACGGCAUUUGCCGACGAUAGUAACAUUAGGGAAUGUUUAGAUGCAGGCAUGGAUGGAUUUUUGGCAAAACCCAUCAAGAGAGCACAAUUAAGAAAGAUCAUCGAAGAAUUCUGUCCUGAUAAACAACCUCAGGAACAAGACAAGGAACCAAAAUCGUCAGAAAAUGACAAUUCACAACUGUUGCAGCAGGACCCGCAGCAGUCAAAAGAACAAAAACAACAGCAGCAACUGCUGCCAAUAAUAACAACAACAACAUCAUCAUCAUCAUCAGGUAGAGAGACUAAAAAUAAGGACCCUCAAUAG